AUGGUAAGGAUCAAGAUGAAGGCCACCGGCGGACCGUUCAUGUGGAAGAAAUUAGGGCUUCCGAGACCCGUCCCUUCCGACAGCGAUGACGAGGCGCAAGAUGCCCUUCCACCAGCCACCGCCAGCGCCGAAACACCACCGGCCACAAGCACAGGAACAGGACGCACCGAUUCACCGGCCGUCCAGAUAUAUCGCCGGCAAAAGAAACGGCCAAGAACGCCGCCAUCCACAUUAGCCCCGACGGCAGGCCCUGAGGGCAAAAAGUUCCCCGAAACCACCACUCCCACCGGCCACAGCCAGAAACGGCCAAGAACUCAGUCGCCACCGAGGUUCGAGCCAGAACCGGAACCUACCAUCGCCAAAGACACUGAUGCGCCAACUGAUUCCACCAGCGAUGUGCCCAAUGAUGUGCCCAACGCUGUGCCCAGCCAUAUGCCAAGCAAUGUGCUUAGCGAUGUGCCCACAGACACACUCAGUGAUAUGCCCAGCAAUUUGCCCAGGCCAACACACCCAGAUCACAUCGUCAAAGCACUGACAUUCAACAAAAUUUCUGAACGCACCAGGCUGCUUAAAAUUUCAUCCUUACCAUAUCAUCCAGGUAAGUAUAUCCAUCAUGCCACCCUUGGAGCACUGAAACUACAUUCCCAGGAGUUCGCCAUAGCCAUGGGCUGUGAAUGCCCACAGUCAACCUGGGACUUCCCUGCUGAGUUUGAUCAAAACUCUGCGUACUUGGAACUCAGUCCAGUAACGCCACGCCAUGAGCGUGUUUUCAGAAGGAAGAAAGUCACCAUAAGCACCAGCACACAGCAGCCAGCCUCCACCACAGAACCAGUAAAUGAGGCAACCCAGGCAAUAGGCCAAGGACCAGCAAAUGAGCCACCACCAGCAGCCCCUCAGCAGGAUGCUCCUCAGCCACACGAAGACGAAGCCCCCAACCAGACAGUCGAGGCUCGUCUCAGUAGGAUUGAGGACUAA